AAGUUCUUCAUCAGCACAUUUUUCCCCCGAAAAAAAUACAUGCAUAUUCCCUUUCCAGUGUUUAGAAAAGAGUGAAACCUCGCUCGAGAUAUCGUUUCCUUUUUUAUCUUCUACAGUGCCCGGAAUUCUUAUAUAUUAACGCCGAAUGCGUUCGGCCGCAGCGUAUAUUUUUAUCGUAUCAUGCCACGUAAUCUCUAAGAAACUUUUUUGCUGCCGGCUCAUGCGCAUUGAGCGGCAAUAGAUUUUUUCAACUCUACGCUCCGCUAUAUGCCAUGAUUGCGUUAAUUUACAUUCUUCUGCUAGUCAAUCGAACUUUGGUAACGGCCGUUUUACGGCCGAAUCUUGUAACAGUAGUUAAACGCCACACGUUCUCUCGUUAUACCACAUAAUGUGCGAUUUAUACAUGUGCGUGUCCCUCUAGAUUCUAGAUAUAGAUGGACUGUUAUUGCUUUAGAACAGGUGGAUAUAGUAUUGAAAUAUAUGACGGAAAAUAAAGAAGCGAAAAUAGUCGAAUCGAAAGAAAUUAAUACGUGUUUGUAUGAAUAAAUUAUGUAAUAUGCUAAAAUAUAUUAUACAAAUAAAAAUUGCUUAAUCUUGAUAGGAUAUUAAAGUUCGGAUAUUGCAUACAGAAGCGACAUUCCGCGUCUUCAACUUUCACCUUAAUCUAUUCAAUCUCUGCAAUAAAAUUAUACUGCGAGAAUUAUUGAUAACGACCGCGAUGAAAACAACUCACGAUAGGAUCGGUUGUAACACAUUGAGAGUUUGAAUUGAACAAUUAAGAGUUAAUAGCUCUUCAUCCAUUCUUUUACUAUACGUAUGAUACAGACGGAGAGAGAAGAUUUACUUCGCCCAAGUUAGAUCUGGACGUAUACGUUUAAAACGUGUGUAUGUAUAUUAUGUAAAAUAGACCCAACGAGAGAAUUUUAUUAUCUACAUAGGCGAUGGCCUCAUAAUGGCCGUGUGCUCCCUCUUCUUGUCCCUUAUUAUCGAAGCGAGAUCGUUACUCGAGAAACCAUAUGAUUCAAGAUUGAAUUGAACGCGUCGUUGAAAGUUAAUUCAACUUGACAUUGAAACUCGAUGCCGCGCGGCGCGAUAACAUGCCGUAGGAUCGCGGAAAGAAAACGAUUCCGUCGCUCUUCGGAUCGCCGUCCCUGAGCAAUCAAUAUGGCCUCCAGCCAUCGCUCGCUCGCUCACUCACGGGGCACGCCAGCGCGGCCAUCUUUCUCUCUCUCUCUCGCUCCACCGCGGGGAACUUGAGCGAGUGCGGUUGCCUCGCUCGGGCCGCGCCGGGAUCAUCGAUGUCGAUUCGGUUAGUCGUACGGCUCGGCUCGGGAAUCCUUAAUUAGCCGUGCGAAAUAGUGAGGAACAUUCAGAAAGAACCAACGACUAGAACAACGAGACGCGCGCGUGCGACAGGUCAUUCGUUCUGCGGUGCCAGAGUGGGAGUGAGAGAGAGAAGGAACAGCGUCCCGCCAUCGGUGGCGGAGGAUCGACGAGUCCGCGUUGCCGAUGAACGCGUCGUCGGGGUGAAAUUGCACCGGAAAGCAGGGCGUUGCAAGAUCGACGAAAGACGUCUGUGAAAGACAAGAAGAGAGAAAAAAUAUUCCACCCAAGGAUAUUCCAAUAUGUAGAGGAAUACCUACCUACCGGUAACUAAGCAUUGGAACAAGAUGAGGUAUGUCUCUGGAUGUGCGCGGUGUUGCUCAUUAAGGCAAACUUGUCAUUCGUAGCAACAAUUAAUUGCGCGCAGGUAUGGCCGACGUUGCGUCCGAGGGCGAUAACGGGCUCGUCGUCACGACGGCUGAGGGUUGUCGAGCGCUGCCGAUAACGCAGACUGGCAGCGAGGAUGGUACGGCCGCUACCGACAACGGGGUUGUUGACGACAAAGUCAGUAUCUACGAGAUCCUCGAGGGCAUGACAAACGAGUUCAACAAGGGCGUGAGUCCAGUGAAGUAUAACGAUAAUGAUAAAAUGGGAACAGAAGAGGUGAUAACGCCACUGUCACCGUCGCCGUCGAAAAUUGUUGACGAAGUGCCCAAGGGAGAGAAGGAAUGCGAUGGCACUCCUGACAAAGAGGCUGUCGCAAGCUCUGAAGAUGUAACGGUCUCUCAGAUCACACCAGAGGAGAAUCACAAAGAUGAAGAUGAAAGUUUGACGACGACAAACAAACAGGAGACUGUUAAGAAGGACAAUGGUAUACCUAGGAUUGUCUUGACAUUCAGGACUAUUGAUGAGAAUACGGAUCAUGGCAAGAAGACCAAGAUAUCCAGCUGCUCGUCCAAUCUUACUCUGGUCCCAGACGAAUUGGCCAAUUGCGAUCAGAUUGGCGGUGUCUCUGUAAAAAUAGAGAACUCCGAUGAGAAUUCUGAUGUGGUGGAGGAAUCCCAAACAGAGGAAUCCCAAGCAGGAGAGUCCCUGACAGAGGAGACAAAGAAGGAAGAAUCUAUGAAGAUUGCAGAACCAAAAACUGUAGAGCAAGAUAAAGCAAAAGAUACAGAAGAGAAACACAACGAUGACUCGCAAUCUUCUAUUCAAAAAAAGCCUGAAACUGUGGAGAAUAAUGUUGGGAUCAAUAAUGUCGAGGCAAAGGUUGUAGAAGAUACUGAGCAACAACAAACUACUGCACCAGUUACCAGAAAGAGAAGAAUUGGACGACCUAGAUUACGAGCAUUGAGUGAUUCGGUCCCUCAAGAUGAGGAACCACCAGGUCCUAAGCGUUCGGCUAGGAGACUUUGUAAGGAAUCUCUGAAAAGCACUGUACUGGAAAGCGCUAUGGCGCGUAAAGAGAAGUCCAAUUACACAGAGGAACACUUGCAGUUUAAAAAAAGGAAGUACAGCAAACCAGGUCGGCCCAAGAAGCUGGUUUCAGGCAAGGAUCAGAUAAAACAGACGCAAGUAAAGCCCUCUGAUGUUCGUCAAGAAGCGGAGACGUCGUUAUUGUCUGACGGUAAUAUUAGCACGUCUGAGAACUCGAUGCUAGAGUCCUCAUGCAAUACUAUACUAUCGGAGAAUAUGAACGAUAGCGUCGUAGAGGACACGCAAAUGCCGAAAUUAUCGCCGAUGACGAGGAGCUCGGAAUCACAAAUCAAACUCGGCAAUUCUAUCGGCAGUCCCGGCAGCGACGAUGUACCUUUGGCGGAUAUUCAGAAGCCUUUUUUGAAACCAGCAACUGCUAGUCGACCCAAGAGGGAGAGAGGACGUCCCCGCGGAAGCACUCAAGCCGCGCGAAAAAUAGCGAAAGCGGAUUCGUAUGAAGAUGGUUCUCCAUCCGUUGCAGAAGCGGGGAAGAAUAACGAUUACCCCGAAGAGAUCCCGGCCAAACGAACUCGCCGGAGUUGGCUGCCGAGCCCGAGUCCCGCGGAAGGACAAGCAUCGAAGCCGGAAUCUACCGCAAUUAUGAGUGAGACAUAUGCGCAAUCCAUGAUAUGCCUGUGCCAAGUACGAUCUCAGUUAUACGUGACGAUAACCGGUUCCGGGGCGCCGCUGUACUGCACCGCGAUAGACUCGAUCGAUAGUCGGAUAGUGGGAUGCUGCAACGAAGUGGACAGCAAUGACGUGGCGAUGCGGAGACCAAGCACUCGUGUACCUUUUAUUAUUCUCUGUCGCAUGCACAAGGAACGGCUGCUGCGCCAUAACUGCUGCCCUUCCUGCGGCCUGUUCUGUUCGCAAGGCAGAUUUGUGCAGUGCACCAACGGCCACCAGUAUCACCGCGAUUGCGAGAUCUAUCCGAAUAAAAAGGGAGUGUGUCCGCACUGCGGUAGCGAAACUGCCGCUUACGAUGUGCUGGUGACGAUGAAUGGUAUGCGACGGCCGGUAUAUAUACCCACACGUAAGAAGUUUUCCAAAUUGCCCUCAGCGAAAAUGAGCUUGCCUGGCAAAGGCGACAAUACAAAGUUGGCCGAACGUCCGCCCAGCCCGUUAAUUAAGCCUGAUAUCAUCAAAAUACCCGAACCGUCGAUUAAUACUGAGAGACCGGAGCGUUACACCAUUAUGAGUCUUUACACGUCCGUGAAGCACGGAGAUCUGGAAAAAUUGGUGAAUGUAUUAGCAUGUGGUUACAAUGCAAAUCACACAUUCCGGGAUUAUGUCUAUCGGACUGGUCUGCACAUAGCGGCGGAUAAAGGCCAUCUGUCAUGUGUGCACGUUCUGGUUCAAGCGGGUGCUCAAGUAGAUGUAAUGGAUAGGAAUCAAUUGACGCCAUUGAUGUUAGCCGCAAGUAGGGGUAAUGCCGCCGUCGUAAAAUAUCUAGUUAGGACAGGCGCCGACGUGACAUUGAAGGGCGAGGACGGCAUGACCGCUUUGCACAUGGCGGCCAAAUGCGGCCAUCUAGAAGUAUGCAAGAUCAUUCUGACCGAAUGUAAAGUGCCGAGAACGUUAGUAGACUCUGUAGACGAUGGCGGUUGGACAAGUUUAAUCUGGGCAUGUGAAUUUUGCCAUGCGGAUGUCGCGCGGUAUUUAUUGGAUAAAAAGUGCGAUCCACUUAUUCGAGAUGCCGAGCAGAAUAUAGCGUUGCACUGGAGCGCGUAUAGUGGCAGUCCUGAGAUCACAGAAAUGCUUCUUAAUGAGGGAUGUGACAUAAAUGCUGUCAAUGUUCAUGGUGAUACUCCCUUACACAUAGCAGCUAGACAGGAUCAAUAUGCAGUCAGUGUUCUACUAUUAGCGCGUGGUGCUAAAAUAGGUGAGGUGAAUGCUGCUGGUGAGACUGCUGUGAACUGUUGCACCACGGAUGGUGAUACUAUGGCUGCUUUGAGAUUGAAUGCAAAAGUCAAUGAACUUUCUGAACAUAUGUGGGAGAAAACGGUUAAAAUAUUGACAAAUGACAUUUCACGGGGAAAGGAAACAAAUCCUAUACAAUGCGUUAACGGAUAUGAUUCCGAAGAUAAGCCAACUGAUUUUCUUUAUGUGACGGAAAAUUGCUUUACUAGUAACAUUAACGUAGAUCGUACAAUAACAUCAUUACAGUCUUGUCGUUGUGAGGACAAUUGCAGCUCUGAAAAGUGCUUGUGUGGAAAUAUAAGUCUGCGAUGUUGGUACAAUGAGGAGGGGAAGCUCAUACCUGAAUUCAAUUAUGCAGAUCCACCAAUGUUGUUUGAGUGUAACCCAGCUUGUGACUGUAACCGCAUUACAUGUAACAAUCGUGUAAUCCAGCAUGGAUUGACACAGAGAUUCCAAUUGUUCCGUACAAAGGGCAAGGGUUGGGGACUCCGAACUCUCCGACACAUUCCUAAGGGCACUUACGUCUGCGAAUAUGUCGGCGAAAUAAUCUCCGAUUCCGAAGCUGAUCAUCGCGAAGAUGACUCCUACUUGUUUGAUUUGGAUAAUAGAGACGGAGAAACGUAUUGUAUAGAUGCGAGACGUUAUGGAAAUAUUGCUCGGUUCAUCAAUCACUCGUGCGCGCCAAAUUUAUUACCAGUACGAGUAUUCGUCGAACAUCAGGACUUGCACUUCCCGAGGAUAGCAUUCUUUGCCAACCGCGACAUUGAAGCGGACGAAGAGCUCGGCUUCGAUUACGGCGAGAAAUUCUGGAUAAUAAAGUGCAAGUCUUUCACGUGUACCUGUGGAGCCGAAAACUGCCGUUAUUCCGAGAAAACUAUACAAGUUACGCUGGAUAACUAUCGAAGAAGGAUACAGCAGGAGGAAAUAUUGGCAGCUCAAACGUCAUCGUAACCAUAAUGCGAUUUAGUUUAAUUUUUUAGGUACCCGCGAUUUUUCACGAACACGACGACGACGACAACGACGUCGUAGAUUCGUCCACGCGUUAAUUUUCCGCAUUUCGGUCGCGGAAUUGUAAGAGUACAAAUGAAAAACGGUGGUGGGAUGAUAAGCGUUUGAUUAAGUUCUUUUCCGACGUUUACUUAUAUUGAAUUAUAUAUUUGGCUUUGCAGUCAAUGUUUUGAAAGAAUCACAUUCGAGAUCGUGUUACUAUUUCUGCCGAAUACCGAACGUUCGUGUCCUCAUAAAUGAUAUUGACGACCGGUCUAUCAAGUGAUUAUUAUAUCUUUCGUUUUUUGAGUAUUGAUAAAUUUUAAGAAUAUAUAGUUUUAGGAAAAGCAUUUGAAUUAUACAGUUGCAAUUUGUGAAAAUAUAUAAAUAUUAAAGAGAAUAAUAAUAGCCAAGAGAUAUGAAAACAUGUAUGAUAAAUAUUUAUAUGAUGCUUGAAAAAGAUUAUAUUUUUAGGAGUCAAAAUACGUUUUAAAUCUUCCUUGGCAGACCGGUAAUUAAUAACAAUUUUUAUGAAUCACUUUUGAUUUGACUCGAAAGGAUAAAAUAAUUAUCAUACUUUCGAUAAAAUAUUUUUCUCACGUUUUCUGCUAUUGUUUCGAGUCAAAUCUAAAGAUAAUUCUAUUAUUGCUCGUCCAUAUUUUUUCUCAGGCUCGCUUGUACUUGUUUCCUACUUUUGCCGAUCUUCGUGAGAAUGCAAUGAUUACAAGAAAAUGUCGCGUCAAUAUUUUUUUCUUUUUUUUAUGAGAACGAUACGCAUAAUAUAUAUAUAUAUAUAUAUUGAUGAUUAGUUUAUGUGUGUGAGUUGCGAAAAUAUUAUGUAUGUUAAAAAUGUUGUUAUAGUCCUCUAUUUGAACUGAUUAUGUGAUUAUGAGAUGAAUAUUUGAAGCUAUUGUUACUUUUAAGUGAAUUGGGAUAAUUGCAGCGCGUGUUCGUGUGUUCCUUAUUGUAGAAGCUAUAUAUUAAAUAUUCCAAUUAAUCGCUCGUAUCUCAAAGAGCGUUUAAUGUUGGAUUCACUGCAAACAAUGUAAUACAUAAGAAUACUUUUUUUUGUACAAACGAUUGACUUUUUGUAUAAUAAAAGUUAUAAUCCUUUUUAA